UCUUCUACGCUCCUGAAAAUGGCAGACGUUCAGAAUGGCGACUUUUGCUCUCGUAACCCACUUGAACUGUUUGAACAAGUAACCACACAAGGUGAAAAGGUCAGAUCACUAAAAGCAGAGAAAGCACCAAAGGAUGAAAUUGAGGCAGCAGUUAAAUUAUUAUUGUCAUUAAAGCUGAGUUAUAAAACAGCUACGGGCCAGGAAUAUAAAGCUGGUUCCCCUCCAACAGAUUUCACUCCAGUCAGUAAUGGUCCGGGAGAUGCUGAAGAUGAAGAUUUUGUAGAUCCAUGGUCAGUGCAGACAUCCAACGCCAAAGGGGUAGAUUAUGAUAAACUUAUUGUUCGGUUUGGCAGCAGCAAAAUUGAUAAAGAUCUGAUCAAUCGAAUAGAGAGAGUUACGGGACAUAAACCACAUCACUUCCUACGCAGGGGCAUCUUCUUUUCUCAUCGAGACAUGAACCAAAUCCUUGAUGCAUAUGAAAAUAAGAAGCCCUUUUACCUUUACACAGGCCGAGGUCCUUCAUCUGAAGCAAUGCACGUUGGCCACCUCAUCCCAAUUAUGUUUACAAAGUGGCUUCAAGAAAUGUUUAAUGUUCCUUUAGUCAUACAAUUGACUGAUGAUGAGAAAUACCUCUGGAAAGAUCUAACAGUUGAGAAGGCAUACCAGUAUGCCAUAGAAAACAUCAAGGACCUUAUAGCCUGUGGAUUUGACAUCAAUAAAACCUUCAUCUUUUCUGAUCUGGACUAUUUGGGGACGAGUCCAGAAUUCUACAAGAACAUCCUAAAAGUCCAAAAGCACGUUACGUUCAACCAAGUCAAAGGAAUCUUUGGCUUUACAGACAGCGACUGCAUCGGAAAGAUCAGUUUUCCUGCCAUUCAAGCUGCUCCAUCCUUCUGCACAUCGUUUCCACAGAUCUUCAACAAUAGGAAGGAUGUUCAGUGUUUGAUCCCAUGCGCCAUUGAUCAGGAUCCCUAUUUUAGAAUGACAAGGGACGUGGCCCCGCGAAUUGGCUACCCCAAGCCGGCGUUAAUGCACUCCGUGUUCUUCCCGGCCUUGCAAGGAGCACAGACAAAGAUGAGCGCCAGUGACCCCAAUUCGUCCAUCUUUCUCACUGACACACCCAAACAAAUCAAAACCAAGAUCAACAAGCAUGCCUUCUCUGGUGGGAAAGACACUGUCGAAGAGCACCGGAAGUACGGGGGCAAUUGCGACGUGGACGUCUCUUACAUGUACCUCACGUUCUUCCUCGAAGAUGAUGACAAGCUGGAACAAAUCAAACAGGCUUAUACGAGUGGGGCCCUCCUGACAGGGGAACUGAAGAAGGCGCUGAUUGAAACACUUCAGCCCUUGAUUGCGGCCCACCAGCAAAGGCGAAAGCAAGUCACAAGCGAAAUGGUGAAGGAAUUCAUGACUCCAAGGAAGCUGGCGUUCGACUACUGAUUCCAGACGUGCAUGUUAAUUUGUCUGUACCACUAGCCCAGUGGAUCGAUGUUAUCAUAGCAAUUUUGUUAU